AUGCUAGAAUUUUGUAACAAUUUUGCACCUGGAUUCUACAGAGAUCACCCCAGUCAGUGGCAGUCGUCAAUAGUCGUUCGCGUCGAGAGCGCUCGCAUUCUGUAUACAAGUUCUACCAAGUACUUGCUUGUUGGAGAAAUUGACGUUGUGGACUGUGCUUCCGCAGGUUUUCCAAAAGAUUUUGUUGCACAGUUUUUGACAGGAUUCCCUCCUGACUGGAGAACACAGAUAACGCGACUGUAUAAUAGUGUUUUCGGACACUUGGAAAAUAGCAAAAACGUUACCGGAUACCGCAGUGAUUACCGGGAUGGAAUACCCCGACAACACCUUUUCGACAAUGAUGAAGAAAUCGAAAAUUUCCAGGAAUCCCAUUGCAUUCUAUCAGAUAUGGCAACAGCAGGAGUUCUGACAAAUCCCUGGUUUCCAGCUGCAAGCAAUCGACUGAUUCUGCAAUCCGUCGCUCUCGAAGUGGCCGGUGUAUUCGAUCGCCUUUGGCAGAGUGGGCUGGGCAACGUGUGCGAUACGAUGGCGCUGCAACAAUGUCCUAACUUCGUGUUCUACCAACAGGUAACGCACAGCGACACUUCGGACAAUGAAAAUAGUAAUCGCCUUAGAAAAUAUGUGCCACUGCAAUCAUCUGACGAUGAAGUACCCGUACGAAGACACAUCAAAUCUAAAGAGGUGCUUUGGGAUGAGGACGAGUACGAGAGACAGCUACGAGAGGAACGCCUCCUCUUUCUGGAGGGGGCUAGAGAUCUUCGUAAAAUGCAAAAGAAACUGCUGGUACUGGAACGUCGCAUUACCGAAAAAGAAGCGCUUUGGUUGAAGCAUCGAGAAAAAGAGAGGAGAAUGCAACGUGAAAGGGAGUGUUACGAUGUUGUCACGAAGCGGAGAGAAGGAAACUUGCGAGAAACAUACAACGCUAAAAAAGGCCAGCAGAAGCACCAUAAGCUAUCGAGUCGCCGUUACGGUGACGAAGAAAGACGACAUUCGGUUGAAGAGGAGUUGGAAAGGAGACGUCUUGAAGAAGAAUGGGCUCGACAGAACGAGCAAAGCUCACAAUCGUCAGAUGAGAUCGACGAUGAUAGCUGGUGUGAACCAGUUCGCAAAAGAAAAAAGCGGCCAGUACGGAAAGUCGUUGUGGAAAGUUCUUCUUCCGAACUUUCUUCUCUUGACGAUGAACAAAGUGACGAGGAAGGAAACCUCAGGUCGAAAAGAAAUGAUAGGGAGCGUUAUGAACCAGUUGUAAAGAAAGAAAAAGGCUGGAGCAAAGCAGAAUUGCACAGAUUGAAAUUAGCUAUGGCUGCGAUCCGAGUGGUCAAUGAUGAUGACUGGGAAAAAGUAGCGCGUUCCUUAGGAAACACUCGUAGUCCGGAGUCAUGUAAACAGGCGGCCAUCAAACGUCUGAAGUGGGAACCACCUGUCGAAAAUGAAGAACCAGCUCCAGUUACCUCGGAAGUAGUAACUGCUCGCGCAGGAACUAUUGCUUACAGGCAUCAGACGAAUGAGUAUACGAGAAAGUUUAUGAUGGGAGCUGGAGAACAAAACGACGACUUUUUCGUGAGAAACGGCGUUACCCUCAACGAGAGCAUACCCGAUGUUACCGAAUUCGGCGCUGACGAUUCGCUGCUAGAGGUUCUACGUACGCCCGUGGAUGUCGUUGCUCAGAGAAAGGGCCCAAACCGUCGCCAGUUCUUCGUGGAGCCUAUCGAUGAUGACACGCCAAUUAGAAGGAGAAGCAGUGCUGCUCUUAUGGCUACACCAACGAAUUCCGCUCAAAGGGAACGCCAUGACCGUUAUCUUCAUCAUAUCAUGAAUAAAGGCGGGAAUCGCAAUGACGUUUCUCGACUGAAUCACACACGGAACACUACUCGUCUUGAUACGUUUCGAGAUGAUUUAGGCAGGACGAAUAUGAACACAUUCGCUGAACUCCACGAAGAUCUCGAAGACGUAGCGAAAAUGACGAAAAAAGCGUCACGAAAAAGAAAUGAGGAGCUGGACAGCUCAGACAAUGAACUGGAGCUGGAUGAAAAUCACUUUGAUGACAGCAUGGACUACAGCGGUUUUCAAUCGGAUUGA